CCGACUUCGCUUCAAUUUUCCUCGAUGUGUUCGCGGAUCGGUGUUGCGCGUUGAAGGAACUCUACGUGAAUCUCGUGGACGCGCCCUCUCCUGCGUUGCAGAGGACCAUUAGCAAGACUCUGCAAGAGUCGGGGGAUGCGCUGGAAGAGUUUCUAUGUGGAUACUGGUCCGACGUGUUGAUGCUCUCAGACCCUGACCAUGGUGGCCCUUUCCUCCCUCCGCUCACGUACAGCACCAGCCUACGUCGUCUUACGAUGGACUUUUCCACGCCGUCGUCUCUGGGCAUGGAUACUAGGGACCCUGCUCACCCUGUUCUCGCAAACGGAGAGCCCACGCCUGGAGCACGCCCACAUCGGUUUCUCGUCGUACCACAGCAUUGACUCCACCACACACAUGUUGGCAGACAUCGCGGAAACCGUCUCCGCCUUCCGUGCUGUACUCUCUCGCGCCGUGUUCGCCGAGCUACCUCCUGCCGCCGUGACCGUCUCCGUCCGAAUCGUCGCCGCCUCGCACUGGGAUGAAGACGACCCGCUGAGCCUUGCUAGUAUCGACGUGACGCUCCGCGCGUCAUCCGCUACGACCGAGUCCUUCAUUGUGCCUCUCUUCAGGCCGUGGUUGGCUCGCGGAGUUGUGGUGCUCGAGCUUCCGGACGGAUCGUGCAUCUCAGAGUGUCCGCCGCAGGAGGGAGACCAGCCUCUGGGGGAGAGCGCAUCCGUGUCUUCCGCGGCCCCUCCACUCCUAGUCUUCGCCGCGUAUGCGAUCGCUUCAUUGCUCGUCGCCGCAUACGCUUUCGUCUUAUCAUCUGCAGGCUCGUACGUCCGCGUGCGCGUAUCUGGCUGGUGGCGACGUUGCUAAGUCGGGUUCGGGAUGCAACCCCGAGUUAGAGCGCAUACAAAGGCACUGUGCAUUUGAUUUGAUUUACAGUAGCUAAGCAAACCUGUAUGCGUGCCGUAACACUCUCUCAUGAGGGUAUGGACAGGCCAUAGUGUGCGGUGGUGAUCGUAUUU